AUGACAUGGUUAGAAGUUGAUGGUCAUGGGUUAAGAGUUCAGUUGAUGAUUUGUUAUCCUUUUGUAUUAUUGGUGAUUCGUAAGGAUUCCUUCUAUUCAUCUACUGGUUGGUACUCCUCCGUAUUUGCUUUAUACUUUUUAAAUAAGCAGAUUGGCAAAUAG